AUGGGCAUGGGCGUGUCGUACCACUCCAAGAAGCCCGAGUACGCGGGGGUGGCGCACUGGUGGCGCACGUCGCUGUACAAUGCGGAGCUGCUGCUGCACCACCGCCUGCGCAACCACCUCUGCCUCACGCCGCACCCCUCCCAGGCGCACCUCUUCUACUCGUCUCAGUUGGGACCUCACAUUCGUGUACGCCCGGAGAGGCGUGGCCCCCCGUUGGACGACCUGCGCGUUUCCCCUCCGUUCGACUUCCCACAGCACUCCUCUCUCGCUCUCUCUGUCUCUCUCUGGACGCCUGCACCGAGAGCACGGCUGCAGCUGGAGCACGUGCUGGGCUUCUCCAACGCCACCAUAGACGAGUACUAUGACGACUUGGCACAGUGGAUUCGCCGCCAACCCGCCUUCAAGCGGUACGGCGCCAAGGACCACUUCUUCGGGCUGGGGCGCACCACGUGGCUCUUCCGCCGCUCGCUGUCCCCCGUGCUGGACGGCGCUAACCUCGAGCAGAUGCCCGAGUUCAUGCCCAUGAUGAAGCUGGAGGUGGAGCGCUACGCGUGGGACGACCAGGACUCGUUCGGGCUGCCCUUCCCCACGGACUUCCACCCCAUCUCCACCAAGCAGCUGCGCCGCUGGCAGGCCACAGGGCCCAGUGCCAAGCGCCCGUAUCAGUUUGCGAGCAUCAUCCCACCGGACAGCAAGGAACCUGAGGCGACCACCAAAACACUGUGUCGCCCUUCCCUCUCAUACCCCCUCCCCCCUCCUUCUCCAUCACCCACACAUGCCCCGCGCCCCUUGCAGGCCACGGUGCGGAGUGCGAAACGCCCCUACCAGUUCGCAUGCAUCAUCCCCCCUGACAGCAAGGAGCCCGAGGCGGCCACCAAGACGCGGGCAGCGGUGGUGCAGCAGUGCCAGGCGCCGUCCACCUCGUGUGCGCUGCUCAACUGCAGCCGCGGCGACUGCAGCCACGAGCAGGUCAUGGACCUGUACCUGUCAGCACAGUACGCGGUGCAGGACGGCAGCAACUUCGGGCUGCGCUACCUCAUGGACUCGCUCGUGGCGGGGGCCGUGCCCGUCAUGCUCUGGAACCGCACCUACGCACUCUACCAGCACCACUUCCCCUCCAACCCCGACUCCUUCUCGGUGUACCUGCCAUACAUCGACGUGCCUGAGUGGACCACCGUGGAGCAUCGCCUCUCCAAGGUCGCCCCCGCCCGCUACCGUGCGCUGCAGCUGCAGGUGAUCCACAUGAUACCAUCGCUCAUCUACGUGGACCCCUCGCAUGUCCUUUCCAACGUGCGCGAUGCCGUCGACAUUGCCAUUGACCACAUGGUCGACCUCUGGCGCGACCGCAAGGCUCGGCAUGAGUAUCCCAUACCAUCCACAGCCUCCGAGCCUGGUGGCGCAGGCACGGAGACUAAAGAGGACGGGCGUGGCAAACGAUUGGCGGACGCGACGCUGAGCGAAUUGAGUGGGGGUGGUGAGGUUGCUCAUGAAGAGGCGAAGGAAAGCAGCGAUGCCAACAAUGAAGGAUGA